GUGCCGCUGACGCACGCUUGCGCGCACAGCUGGGCCGGCCGCGUCCUACGCAGCAGCCGCGAGCCGGGCAGCCGGUGCCAGACGGUUCCCGGAGGGGGGCAGGGGCGGGGCGCUGCAGGAGGCCAGGGACUCCCGGCGGAGGAGCCCCCAAGGAGGCCCGCCUGACGACUAACGAGUUGCCAUGGCAUCCUACUACGAGAUCCUAGACGUACCGCGAAGUGCGUCCGCUGAUGACAUCAAAAAGGCGUAUAGGAAGAAGGCAUUACAGUGGCACCCAGACAAGAACCCAGAUAAUAAAGAGUUUGCUGAGAAGAAGUUCAAGGAGGUGGCCGAGGCGUAUGAAGUGCUGUCUGACAAGCAUAAGCGUGAGAUCUACGACCUCUAUGGCCGGGAAGGGCUGACUGGGGCAGGAACUGGCCCGUCUCGUGCAGAAGCUGGUAGUGGCGGGCCUGGCUUCACCUUCACCUUCCGCAGCCCAGAGGAGGUCUUCCGGGAGUUCUUCGGGAGCGGAGACCCUUUUGCAGAGCUCUUUGAUGACCUGGGCCCCUUCUCAGAACUUCAGAACCGGGGUUCCCGACACUCGGGCCCUUUCUUCACCUUCUCUUCCUCCUUCCCUGGGCACUCUGAUUUCUCCUCCUCGUCUUUCUCCUUCAGUCCUGGGGCUGGUGCUUUUCGUUCCAUCUCUACAUCCACCACCUUUGUCCAAGGACGCCGCAUCACCACACGCAGGAUCAUGGAGAAUGGGCAGGAGCGGGUAGAAGUGGAGGAGGAUGGACAGCUGAAGUCCGUCACAAUCAAUGGUAUCCCAGACGACCUGGCCCUGGGCUUGGAGCUGAGCCGCCGUGAGCAGCAGCAGUCUGUCACCUCCAGGUCAGGGGCCACGCAGGUCCGGCAGACCCCUGUGUCACGACCCCCCGACGGCAGCCUCUCUGAGGAGGACGAGGACCUGCAGCUUGCCAUGGCUUACAGCCUGUCAGAGAUGGAGGCAGCUGGGAAGAAACCGGCAGAUGUGUUCUGAGCUGGAUGUCCGGGAGCCAGAGUUGCUGCACAGUUCCAACAGGACAGCGCCCAACCCUGUGCACUGGGAGGGGACCCUCCAUCCCUCUCCCUCACCUGUGCUGAGCAUAGAGCCGGGCCUGGGCGGUGGGCGGGGGCCGGGUGGGAGGUAGGCUUAGCCUGUAAAGGCUUCCCAGGGUGUUUGGUGUUGUUUCCUGGGGACUACAAGUCCCAGAAUGCAACGCACCUCGGCUUUCUGUUAGAUCAUGCUUGGGGGAAGUGGUGCGCAGUUAACGGAGCUGUGCAUCUUGGGAUAUGUAGUUCCAGCUCUGGUCGGCCUGUUAACUCGUGAGAUGGGGACAUCUUGUCAUUUGAUUUGUCCCUGGCAGGGGUGGCAAGAAUGUGGAUGAAGGGGGAAUGGUCUGAGCUUCAUUUCCCCUGAUACCUCUUGCUAGCGCUGGGGUUAGAGUGUGCAAAUCAAGGCCCUGAGGCAUCUGGGAGAGGUUCUUUUCCUGUGGGCAGUCCUAGGGUCUGAGAAUGAUCCAGGGCAGAUUGGCUGAGCAGGGUGUGGUCUCAAGGGGGUGAUGGGCAUGGGUUGGUGAGAGCUCGGAAGGUGGAAGGCCACUCUAGUGCUCAGGGGUGUGUGUGGGUGUGUGUGACGAAUCAGCGUGUGAUGGGUGCUCCAGGCAUGCUGCUGCUUGUGUGGCUCCUUUGGCCUCUGACCCUGCUGCCCAUUCCUUCUCUCCAACACCACAGAAGCUGCCUCUCCUCCUCCCUCCCUGGGGAGCCCAGUGGCCGGGGAGGGAAGUGGUGGAGCCGGGGUGUUGCCAGCCCCUGCGCCGUUGAGUCCCAGUGACCUAUCAAAGCCAGCUGGGCUGAGCUCAGAGCAAGAGGGAAACACUGGAAGUCAAUAAAGCUGAGUUUCGAGA